CAGUGAGAUCAGGUUAGUACAAUGCUUAGUCAUGGUGAGUUACUGCUUUCCCUAGGUCCUGUAUUCCGUAGCGCGCACACAGAAAUGGAAGAAUUGAACACUGUUUGAUUGUAUCUCUAUGUUUCAGUGCAGCUAGGGACGUCCUCGUGAAAGCAGCUCAAACUAACUGGAAAAGAGGUGUUUGGAGAGCCAUGCUUCGCUGCCUGGCAUACCUCAUCUAAACCCUGAGAAGAACAGUCACUGCAGAAGUUUUUACCGUCUUCAUCUACUACCUUUAAAAGUCCUUGAAGCUCACUCUACCUGUGGUGGUGAUGCAGAUGAUUCAUAUGAUCCUUUGAAUUUUUAAAUAUAUAUGCACAUUAAUUGUAUUCUGUUAUUUAACUAUACAACGGUUGCUGUCAGUAAAUGGGCAUUUGAUUAUUUCUUUAUUUGGUUUAAAUUCCUUUUGCUGCCUUAGGUUUUCCAAGUUGCAGUAAAAAAAAACCCUCCCACAGAAAGCUGACCUGCUAGAUAUUUUUUGUCACUUUGACUUUGGAGAGCAAAAAAACAAGAUUGUUAAAGAAGUUCCCCAUCUGAAGACAAAAGUAGGAGAAAUUCUUUGCCAACGAAAACAAAGCAAAGUCACUGGAAAAUCUUCCGCCCAACUAACUGAGUCCAACCUGCUACAUUUUUAACACAGCAUAGAAUUUCCUGUCAUUCCUUCCAAUACUGUUCCCAUAACAACCAGAAACCAGGAGAAACUACAGCAGUAUACUGUAGGAAGCCCAUGUUUCUGGUAGCUCCACCUGGACUAUAUUCUUCAUGUGUUUUUGUCAAAGUGUGUGCAGCAACGAUACCAAUGAUUCAGCAGAUAAAUUCAGAGCACUUAAAAUGGCCAGGCAGUGGAGGUCGAGAAUGCCAUCUCACUGAAAAAUGAUUGCACAAGUUAAUUCCAGCCUUUAAAAGCAUUGCACUGGACAUGGACUGCAGCAAGUCACUCAGAUAAUACAAGCAAUGCUUGCUCAUGCUCCAAACUCUGCCUAGCUAAGCCCUAAAAGGAACUGCACCUCCUGCAUACAAGAUAACAAUGAGAGAUUGAGCAGCACAGUUACCUCAGUGUUUUUUUAGGAUACAGUCUGCCUCGGCCAAAUUCAAAUGAAGGAAGUUAUCAGUGUUGUACCGGUCACUGGCGUCUUAAAGUGUGAGACUUCCCUUCGCUGUCUGAGAGUGUGGUGUCAGAUUUUUCGUCCUGCCUUCCAACCGCUCUAGACGGUGGUUCCCCACCCUUGACAAAUUAGUCCCGAAGAAUUGAUGCAUCGCCUUCUUAAAAAAUAAAGGCACGCUUUCCUGCCCCGCCUGCGCGGUCUGUGGUUUUCCCCCCCGUUCCAUAAUUCCUUGGCCUUGGUUUCCCCCUGCUGUGCGCUGGCGAGCGAGGAUGAAAGCGCGGGGUCUCGGCGGGCGGUGAGGAUGUACACAGCGGGCGGCAUGACGGAGUGCAAGGCGGAGGUGACGCCCUCCACCCGCAACGGCCACCGCGUCUUCAGCUACACGCUGGAGAGCCACACGGCGGCCGCCUUCGCCAUCAUGAACGAGCUGCGGCUGGAGCGCCAGCUGUGCGACGUCACGCUGCGCGUCAAGUACAGCGACCUGGAGGCCAAGGACUUCGUGGCCCACAAGGUGGUGCUGGCCUCCUCCUCCCCCGUCUUCCGUGCCAUGUUCACCAACGGCCUGAAGGAGUGCGGCAUGGAGGUGGUCCCCAUCGAGGGCAUCCACCCGAGGGUGAUGGAGCGGCUGAUCGAGUUUGCCUACACCGCCAGCAUCUCCGUGGGGGAGAAGUGCGUGAUCCACGUGAUGAACGGGGCGGUGAUGUACCAGAUCGACAGCGUGGUCAAGGCCUGCUGCGACUUCCUGGUGCAGCAGCUGGACCCCAGCAACGCCAUCGGCAUCGCCAGCUUCGCCGAGCAGAUCGGCUGCACUGAGCUGCACCAGAAGGCCAGAGAGUACAUCUACAUGAACUUCAGCCAGGUGGCCACGCAGGAGGAGUUCUUCAACCUGUCGCACUGCCAGCUGGUGACGCUGAUCAGCCGGGACGAGCUGAACGUGCGCUGCGAGUCGGAGGUGUUCCACGCGUGCGUGGCGUGGGUGCAGUACGACCGGGAGAACCGCCGGCCCUACGUGCAGGCGCUGCUGCAGGCGGUGCGCUGCCACUCCCUCACGCCUCACUUCCUGCAGCUGCAGCUGCAGCGCUGCGAGCUGCUCAAGUGGGACGCGCAGUGCAAGGACUACCUCUCCCAGAUCUUCCAGGACCUCACCCUGCACAAGCCCACCAAAGUGCUGUCCUGCCGGACGCCCAAGGUGCCCCAGCUCAUCUACACGGCCGGCGGGUACUACCGCCAGUCGCUCAGCUACCUGGAGGCCUACAACCCCUGCAGCGGCGCCUGGCUGCGGCUGGCCGACCUGCAGGUCCCGCGCAGCGGCCUGGCCUCCUGCGUCAUCAGCGGGCUCUUCUACGCGGUCGGGGGCCGCAACAACGCCCCCGACGGCAACAUGGACUCCAACACGCUGGACUGCUACAACCCCAUGAACAACUGCUGGUCGCCCUGCGCCCCCAUGAGCGUGCCCCGGAACCGCAUCGGCGUGGGCGUCAUCGACGGCAUGAUCUACGCCGUGGGAGGCUCUCACGGCUGCAUCCACCACAACAGCGUGGAGAGGUAUGACCCCGAGAGGGACUUGUGGCAGCUGGUGGCCCCAAUGCUGACGCGGCGCAUCGGGGUGGGCGUGGCCGUCAUCAACCGGCUGCUGUACGCGGUGGGCGGGUUCGACGGGACGCACCGCCUCUGCUCCUCCGAGUGCUACAACCCCGAGAGAGACGAGUGGAGGAGCACGGCACCCAUGAACACCGUGCGGAGCGGGGCGGGAGUCUGCAGCCUGGGCAGCACCAUCUACGUCAUGGGCGGCUACGACGGCACCAACCAGCUGAACAGCGUGGAGCGGUAUGACGUGGAGACCGACAGCUGGAGCCUGGUGGCGUCCAUGAGACACCGACGCAGCGCGCUGGGAGUCACCACACACCACGGCCGCAUCUACGUGCUGGGUGGGUACGAUGGGAACACCUUCCUGGACAGCGUGGAGUGCUACGACCCGGAAACGGAUACGUGGGAGGAGGUCACCAGAAUGACCUCGGGGAGGAGCGGCGUGGGCGUGGCCGUCACCAUGGAGCCCUGCAGAAAGGACCUGGUCCCGUGUCAGAAGCACUAGACUAGAGCUAAACGAAGAACCUCACACACACACACACACACACACACACACACACACACACACACACACACACACACACACACACACACACACACACACACACACACACACACACACACACACACACACACACACACACACACACACACACACACACACACACGGUCCACAGUCUGACCACCCCACGGGCUGAAUGUGCUGUUCACCCCUCCGGACCCCUGCAUCUCUCACUCAGCUCUGAAAGGGGUGCAGGUGCACCUCCACUCAGCUCUGAAAGGGGUGCAGGUGCACCUCUCACUCACUGUCAUCCAUCAAAUGGAACACCGCCAACGCCAGCCUUUCGGAAUCCCAGGGGUUCCCCUCGUUUCUCUUUAUUUUAAUCUCAGGUCUUAACAUACGGUCACCGUCUACAAGAUCAUCCCAGAUCUUCAGUUAAUUUUCAGGUAAUCUGUCACUCACCGAACAGUACUUUUCAGACCUUACAUGACUUUAUGGUUAUCAAGAUUUUCUAGCUGGAUUUUUUUAUGCACAGAUUAUUACGGCCUGUGAAUGACUUGGACCUCUGAGAGGGUUUUCUUUUUUUUUCUUUUUUUAAGGCCAUGCUGCGUGGACAAACUGUGGGGAAAUGGGUGUGUGGGUAUAAAAAUGUUGAAGGUUGGUGUCCCUUGGGCCACUUGAAGAGUUGGAAGGGACUGGAGACUCCUGCGAACGGAAAGCGACGCUGUCUUGCCUGGCCACUAGAUCAGUAUAUUUGCGCACAUUCUGUGGUGGAUCGGAGGGAGGUGCUACUGGUGCUCUAUGCUAGUGAGAAACGGAGCUUGCCAACCGUGGUGUAUAGGACGGACAUCACCUCUACUUCUGUUGGACAAGUCUGCGACAUCGCCUGUAUUUUUGAGAGCUCUUGCAAAGGGAGCGAUAGCUUCAGAACUGGAGGACUUCUGUUUUCAGGAGAAGUGGUGAUGAAUGUAAGAACGCUACGUAAAUUGUGUUUUCUAAAAAUGUGUACGUUCACACCACUUCAACCCAGCACCUUACCUUAGACCCCCCCCCCCCCCCCCCCCCCCAAACGAAAAAUAAUUUUAAUUCAUAUGGGGGCCUGGUCUCUCUAAUAAACAGAAAUUUCAUUAGUCGUAGGAAAUGUAUUUGUAACAGCAGUUAAAGCUACAAGAUCUUUUCUUUUUUUUAUUAAACGAGUAGCAUUUUGUAUGUUGAUAUUCCAUAGUCUUGUACAGAAUUCUAAAGCUUGUUUUUCAGAUUGUUUUUUGUUUUUUUUCUCCUACGGACUUCCACUUUGUAAAGGAUUUGAUUCUUAAAUAGUUUCUUGCUGACGGAGCAUGUGUUGCAUUUAGGAGAGAUGCUUGUGAGUGCUAAAUCUUAUUUUGCUUCUCCAAAUGAAAGGGAAAUGUUUUUCUUAGUUCAAAAUUAACACCAACUGAUUAUUUAAAAAACGCUUUGUAAAUUUUGAAGCAAAAACGAGUGUACAACAAACGCAUUGUAUAUUAAAGUAUUUGUUUAUUGUAAAAAA